AGCAGGCAGAUAGCCAGGGUCCAGGCAGAGGGAAAAGGGGGGGCAGCCCAGGGGAGGGACAGAGGCAGUGUGUGUGUAUGUGUGUGUGUGUCUGGACAUUUAUGAUUACAUGUGAAACUUGAGCUCCCUGCAGUGGGCUAGGAAAGCAAAAAGACAGAAGUAUUGUUUUUAAACGCUUUUUUUCCCCCGCAAGACGGCCAGGGCUGCUGCAUAGCCAGGAUAACGAUAAAAGGGCUGGGAGGGCUGGGGCUGCUUCGAGGGGCGAGAACGGAGGAAGUGCCAAAAUUACAUUAUUUAGACUUCGUUUAAAGAGGCCAAUAACUUGUUCUGUGCAAACAGUGGCUUGAAAACUGCAGCCUGAGGAGCACUGUCCCCUCCCCCUCUGCAGCUUUCGGCUAGGACCAGGGAGUGUGGGGUCUAGCAGGGGCAGCGUGUGAAGCAGCUGGAGCAGAGGUCUCGGAGCACCAUGCACCGUGUAAAUCUCAGGCUGGUGGCCUUUGCCUGCGUGACGGUGGCUUUCUGGGCGGAGGGUGGCCAGCGGAGGGCGACAGGUGGCGGCAGCAGGCGGCGAUCCCACCGGGUCCAGCAGGGGCAGUGCAGUUACACCUUCGUCCUGCCCGAGGCCGAUCUGCAGCCCUGCCCGCCGACAAGGGCGACCCUCCGUGCCAACACGCUGCAGGGGGACUCACCCGCCGCCACACUGCAGACCCACAACUGGUCCGCACAGCGCAUGCAGCAGCUGGAGAGAGUCCUGGAGAACAACACCCAGUGGCUGCUGAAGCUGGAGAGGUACGUGCAGAUGAACGUGAAGUCAGAGAUGGUCCGGAUCCAGCAGAACGUUGCUCAGAACCAAACAGCCACCAUGCUGGAGAUUGGUACCAGCCUCUUGAACCAAAUGGCAGAGCAGAGCAGGAAACUGACGGUUGUGGAAGCGCAGAUUCUGAACCAAACCACACGAAUCGAGAUCCAGCUGCUAGAGAAUUCCCUGUCCACCAACAAGCUGGAGAAGCAGCUGCUCCUGCAGACGACUGAAAUUCACAAGCUGCAGAACAUGAACAAUGUCCUAGAGACGCGGGUGCUGGAGAUGGAGACCAAGCACCAGACAGAGCUGGAAGGGAUCCACACAGAGAAGGAGAAGCUGCAGCGCCUAGUGAGCCGCCAGAGCCACACGAUUGAGGAUCUGGAGAAGUCCCUCCACGCUGCCAACAGCAACACCAGCCUGCUCCAGCGGCAGCAGCUGCAGCUCCUCGAGUCAGUCCAGAGCCUGGUCCAGCUGGUCUCGCAGGGCAAAGCUCCCCUCGUGCAGGAACAGCAGGUGUCCCAGGACUGUGCUCAGAACCGCCGAGCUGGGUUUAACACCAGUGGGAUUUACACCCUCCACGUCGCCAACAUGACAGAACCCAGGAAGGUGUUCUGCGAUAUGGAGACAGAGAGAGGCGGGUGGACGGUGAUACAGCGCCGAACCAAUGGCAGCGUGAAUUUCCAGAGGAAGUGGAAAGAAUACAAACAGGGCUUUGGAGACCCUGCCGGGGAGUACUGGCUGGGGAACGAAGCUGUGCAUCUCCUGACAAGCCAGGCUUCCUACUCACUGAGAGUGGAGCUCCUGGACUGGGAAGGAAACCAGGCUUACGCCCAUUAUGAGACAUUCCAGCUGGGCAGCGAGCGUCAUCUUUACAGGAUCUCCCUGAAGGGCUACAGUGGAACUGCUGGGCAGCAGAGUGGCAUUGUCCUCCAGGGAAUCAACUUCAGCACCCGCGACUCGGAUAAUGACAACUGCUUCUGCAAGUGCGCCCAGAUGCUGUCGGGAGGUUGGUGGUUUGACGCCUGUGGUCUGUCAAACCUGAACGGCAUCUAUUAUCCUGCCAAGCACAAUGUCCGGAAGCUCAACGGGAUCAGGUGGCACUAUUUCCAGGGGCCCAGUUACUCUCUAAAAGGCACACGCAUGAUGAUAAGACCUUCAGACUUCUAGCGCCCCAGAGCGGGGUGGGGCAGAGGGCAAGCCAAGCUCCAGGCCUCCAAACGGGCAGGCAACAGCCCAUCAUGGAACUGGCAGAACCGUUAGACCAGCCACAGAUGGCAAAGGAACAGGGACACAUCCUAGCAGAAGCAGAGCCCUUGUAACCCAAUGCCUGGGGCUCCAGAGCAAGGAAAAGGAGGAAGAUCUGGAGCUAAGUGGAGAUAUGACUCUGGGCCUGGACUCAUGGGCCUCCCAGGAGGAGGAGAAGAAAGAUCAGAAAAAAAAUCUAAAAACUAAACUGUCCCAUUGGUGUGAAUUACAAGUAUUGGGCUUUCGUUCUGGACCAAUGUGAUUCUUUUCUAUGUUGUAUCAUCUUCAGGGAAAUCAUCUAGACCACAAAGGAAGCCUGCUGCAGCCAGGGCCAGUGGCUGAGAAGGACCUUCCGAGCGGCAGCUAGGAACAGUGUGGAGCAUGCAGAGUUAUUGCAGUGGGGUCUGGUUUUCAUUUGUUUUAGCAUAUUUCUAGGAAACACUCCACCCUUUUCCUCCCUUGUUUUCCCCUGCUUCUGAACUGCCACAUGGCCACCCAGCUCCUGAAGGCACGCUCUUGUCUGCAGAAGCUAGCUGACGAGGAGAAAGCAGGCUGGUGAGAUAAAGGAAACACUAUUUCACUAGGAAGGUGGUGAAGCACUGGAAUGGGUUCCCUAGGGAGGUGGUG